CCCCUGCCACGCAAAACUUGGAAAUUUAAGAGGCAGAGCCGCCAUCAAUAAUCCAAUCUUCAGGCUUCCUCGCAAAAUCCCCUCACAGGGAGCCAGAGAGGCUUAAUUUUUAGCAAAAGAAACCAUGGUUUCUGGCUCGCGAAGUGAGUUACUACCAUUAAAUGAGAAUGAUUCACAAGACAUGGUCAUAUACCAAGUCCUCAAUGAAGCCGAUCAAUCCAUGCCACCAACAACGUCCUCAUCAGUAGUGCCACCAAGAAACCAUAGCAACACAUCAAGCAUACUCCAACCCGCAAGGAUGUUAGGGAAGAAGCACUACAGGGGCGUGAGGCGUCGUCCGUGGGGGAAAUAUGCUGCGGAGAUUCGCGACUCUACACGACAGGGCGCACGUUUAUGGCUAGGCACGUUUGAGACUGCGGAAGAGGCUGCUUUGGCUUAUGAUAUAGCUGCUUUCAGGAUGCGUGGUGCAAAGGCACUACUUAACUUUCCAGCUGAGGUGGUUGUUGCAUCUUCUUCUAUGCAAAAGUUCAAGCCAACUUCGAGGUCAAAGAAGAGUGAUUUGGAUUCAACAAUUACUGAAACAUCACAAUCGGAGUCGGAAAGUGGCAGGACUGAGGAGUUUUCGCUUAAUCUGGGAUUAAGUAGUUAAGUUAUGGUUGGCAGGGGAAUUUGCCUCAAUAUCAUUCUUGCUGCGAAGCAUAACCUUAAGGGCUUGCCCGUUUGGGGUAUUCAGGAGUGUUGGUUGAGAGGUGUUGAGAUUUUUAUAUAUAAUCUUAUAGAGAGGUUUUGUCCUAACAAUCCCGAAUGCCUUAAACAGUCAAGGGUUGAGAGGUGUUUGGGACGAAUACCUCCCAAUCCAACACCCCUGAACACCUUAAAUGGGUAAGCCCUAAAUCGUUGAAGAAGUUUGAUGUAAGUUUAAUAUUGUUGUAUAGGCCUUUAACGAGUUUAAUAAGAAAUUCUCUGUUUAUACCAUG